UGUUCAGUCAGAUGUCUGUUAGAAGGAGGAAGUCAGUUCAGUCUGAAAGAUUUAUCACAGCUCUGAGGAUGAUGAGGAUUGUUGCCUGUCUGUUCUGUGUCUUAAAACUGUGUGUUGGAGCUGAGGCUUUGACAGAGACACUGGUAGAACUUGGACACAAUGCAACACUGAACUGUUCUCUUAAUAAUGUAACUGAUGCGCAUUGGUACCUACAUCGCCAACCACAGCCUCCACUUGCCAUACUCCGCUCUUUCACUAGUAGGAGUCCUGAUGCUUUUUAUUACAAUAAGAAUUAUAGACAGAAAUAUUCAUUAGAAACGGGACAUAGAUUGUUAAUACAGAAUGUAACAGUAGAUGAUUGUGGAGUGUACUACUGUGCAAAGAAAGAAAACGAUCGUUUCCUUUUCAGUAACGGCACCAGACUCAUGACCCCUGUUGAUCCUGAAGCAACAGAGCAACCCAGAGACUUCAACACAACAUGGCUAAAGGGUCUUCUCAUUGGAUCCGGGGUCUUGAAUGCAGUGCUCAUUUUAUUGGUGUCAGCCAUUUCAGUGCUGUGGAAGAGAGCUGCUUGCCAGAAGAACCAUGACUCUCCUCCAACCCCUGAACCACCUGAAAGGACAGACAGUCUAGAGUAUGAAGUGAUACAGCUGGUACCCCAAGCGAGAGGACUAAGGCCCGACCACAUAGCCUCAACUAUUUACUCAAGAGUCCAGUUUCCAAAUCAUGAACUCACAACUACUACUUAAUAAGGUGCCAAAUCUUGACUUUGAUGGAUAAUGUGAACUAGAAAAUGACUUUGGUAGAUAAAGUGAAUCUACUCUGAAUAUUCAUAUUUUUGUGUAAUGUAUUUAGUGGUGCUCUUCGUCACUAUCGUCUAUAUACCAGUCAGCAAUAUCUUUGAAGGAAAUUAUUACUUUUGUGUCUUGAUUCAUGUUUUUCAUUUUUCAUUGCUGGAAAUAAGUUCAUAUUUGCCUGUCUUGAAAGUAAACUGUUACUUUUUUUGUGAAGCAGUUAGGAAGAGGUUUGUGCAUUUCUGUAGAAAAAGCCCCCAAGCCUUUUGUAGUGUAUUGAUGCCGCAUCAACCACACAUAUCCUGUUUGAGAGCUUAGCUACAUGUCCCAAUUACUGAUGACUUUUACAAGCUUUCAAUUAGUUCAUUAGAAAGCCUACUUCAUGUGCCCCAUAACACCUUUCUGAGUAGAAGGUAGUGUCACAACUUCUGCCGAGGUCGGUCCCUCUCCUUGUUCGGGCGGCAUUCGGCGGUUAACGUCACCGGUCUUCUAGCCAUCGUCGCUCCACCUUUCAUUUUCCAUUUAUUUUGUCUUCUUUACCUGGUUCACAUUCCCUCAUCAGAUUAAAUGUAUAUUACCAUCUGUUUCCCCCAUGUCUGUGUGUGGAAUUGUUCUUUGUGUAGGGUGUUACGCUACAGGCUGGCUUGCGCUAGGUUUGUUUCAAACCUAGGUUUGUUACAAACCUAGGUUUGUUUGUUUUGUUUAACCCGGUUCAUGUUCCCGUGGUUGUGCUUUGUGCUGCCUCGCCUGUGCCUUUGGGCCAGGGUGUAUAUUAAAGUUCACCUGUUAUCACCCAUCUCUGCUCUCCUGCGCCUGACUUCCCGGCAACCAGUCACUCACCCCGUUACAGGUAGUGGUUUCUAUAUUUUAGUUGU